UCACUGACAUUCGACGAUGUAGCUAUGAAGUUCACCUGGGAGGAAUGGCAGCUCCUGGACUUGGCUCAGAAAGACCUGUACUGGGACGUGAUGCUGGAGAACUAUAACAACCUAGUGUCUGUGGGGUAUAAAGUCAGCAAACGCGAUGCACUGUCCUGGCUGGAACAAAGAGGAAAAGCAUGGUUUACGUUGGAAAAAAGCCGUAGUAGAGUCUGUUCAGUCAACCAAAGCAGAGAUGAUGAAAUAGCAAACUUAGCUGAGCUGAAUGGAGUGAAGACAACUGUUCUUCACGCUGACCAUGAGCGAUAUUAUACUAAAAUGAAAUUCCCUGAGAGUCGAACCUCCAACAGCACCAAGUCCCACCUCAUCAAGCCUCAGAAAAGUCACCAAAUAGAAAAGCCACACGUGUGCCCUGAAUGUGGGAAAGCCUUCAUCAAGAAGUCUUUCCUUACUAAUCAUCAGAUCAUUCAUACAGGUGAGAAACCACAUAUAUGCAGUCUCUGUGGAAAAGCCUUUCCUAAAAAGUUUAGGCUCACGGAACAUUACCAGACAACCCAUAAAGGGCAAAAACCGCAUAAAUGCCCGGAAUGUGGUAAAGCCUAUGGCUAUGAAUCCGGCCUUAUCAAACAUCAGAAAACUCACAGGGGAGAGAAACCCUACAUCUGCAGUGAGUGUGGAAAAAGCUUCUUCGAGAAGGCAGAUCUCAUUAUUCAUCAGCGAAUUCACACUGGAGAGAAACCCUACAUCUGCAAUGAGUGUGGGAAAGGCUUCAUCCAGAAAGGAAACCUCAUUAUUCAUCAGCGGACUCACACCGGAGAGAAACCGUAUGUUUGUGGCGAGUGUGGGAAAGGCUUCAGUCAGAAGUCGUGUCUCAUCGGACAUCAGAGAUUUCACACAGGAAAGAGUCCCUUUGUGUGCAGUGAGUGUGGAAAACCGUAUUCCCAGAAGUCAGGCCUCAUUAGUCAUCAGAAAAUUCACACUGGCGUGAAACCCUUUCAGUGCAGCGAGUGUGGGAAAGCCUUCAACACGAAGCCAAAGCUUCGUGUCCAUCAACGAUCCCACACAGGAGAGACACCUUAUGGCUGCAGCGAAUGUGGCGAAGCAUUCACCUACAAGUCAUCUCUGUAUUUACAUAAACGAAAACACACGAGCGAGAGGCACGCGGAUGCCAUCAAAACGGAAGACUCAGUCACAUUGGAAGACCCUUUUACGGGGAGUGGUGUGUCAGCCCACACUAGUGAUUUCAUGCCCGAGAAAAGCCCUGUUAACCCACGCCGCAACAGGUCAAACAUCGCCCUGUGUUUUGUACGGAAAUUGCUCAAAUAUGGCCGCUUCCUGAAAGUUACGUUGAGAUGGACGCAGACAUUUUGCCUCAUACGACCGUACGGGAAAUCUCGUAAUCCGCCCUCCUCGUCGGCCCCCGUAGCCCAAGAACGUUUUUCAGGACGAUUGGAGAUGUAG